AUGGCUUGCUGUCUGAAGGACGAGCUCCUCUGUUCCAUCUGCCUCAGCAUUUACCAGGACCCCGUCAGCUUUGGCUGCGAGCACUACUUUUGCAGAAAGUGUAUCACCGAACACUGGAGCAGACAGGAGCCUCACGGAACCCGGGACUGCCCCGAGUGCCGGAGGACAUUCGCCGACCCGCUGCUUUCGCCCAGUCUCAAGUUGUCCAACAUUGUGGAGCGCUACUCUGCCUUCCCGCUGGACGCCAUCCUGAACGCCCAGAGGAGCUCGUAUCCCUGCAAGGACCACGAGAAGGUCAAGCUCUUCUGCCUCACCGACAAAAGCCUGGUGUGCUUCUUCUGCGACGAGCCGGCGCUGCACGAGCAGCACCAAGUGACGACUAUUGACGAGGCCUUUGAGGAGAUUCAGGAGCCCUGGACGCUUCCCAGAUACACAAUGCUGAAAGAGAGUGUGAGCACUGAGGCCCCAUCGGAAACAAGCGUGACCCUGGAUGAGCUUGGCAUGCCCGCCCUUCUUAGAUGGUUUGUUGUUGAAAAGCGUCUGGUCCAGACACCAGACAAACAAAUCUCAGUGAGAAGCUUCCACUAA